CGGGGCGAUUUUUUCGGCGAACGAGCCCUACAGGGAGACGACAUCCGCACCGCUAACAUAAUCGCCGAAUCAGACACUGGUGUCAGUUGUCUUGUCAUCGAUAGAGAAUCAUUUAAUCAAUUGAUUAGUAAUUUAGACGAUAUUAAGAUUAAACGAUACGAAGAGGACGUAAUGGAGAGACGAAAACUGAACGAACAAUACGCUAGCAUUGUAUUGAGUGACUUGAGAAAAGUGGCCACUCUUGGAGUGGGAGGUUUCGGACGCGUAGAGUUGGUUACGUUAUCCAGAGAUCAAACCAAAAGUUUUGCGUUAAAAGUGAUGAAAAAGGCUCAGAUUGUGGAA